AUGGAGAUGCUGCCGCCACCCCCACCACCGAGCAUGAACUUGUGCUUUGUGUCAGAACAAAUCCAACCACCGUAUAUGAAAUUUUCUGAAUGGAAAUUCAAGCUGUUCAAAGUGAGAUCACUUGAAAAGCCACUUCCUGAAGACAGCCAUCUGGCUAACAACAAUAAAGGAAAAGUGGCAGCCUCUCUGGACAAAGUCGCCGAGCAACAGCCUGAUGCGGUGGCUUUCAUGUCACAACAAGCACCCUUUGAAACAGGCUUUGACUUGAACAAAAGUAUGCAGGAAAUAAAUAAGGAUGCCUUUCAUACAAACUACAGAGAGGCUGAAACCCAUCAAGCCAACCUACAGCACCUCUGCCGCAUUUGCGGUGGCUCGUUUAAAACUGACCCUUACAAGAGAAGCCACCCUGUUCAUGGGCCAGUGGAUGAUGAGACCCAAGCUCUUCUGAGAAAGAAAGAGAAACGGGCCACGUCAUGGCCAGAUCUUCUUGCCAAAGUGUUUAAGAUCGACGUGAGAGGAGACAUUGACACAAUCCAUCCUACUCAUUUUUGCCACAAUUGCUGGACUGUGGUUCAAAGGAAAUUCAGCAAUUCCCCUUGUGAAGUAUAUUUUCCAAGGAAUGGCACGAUGGAGUGGCGUCCCCAUUCGUCAAGCUGUGAUGUUUGCAACACUUCCUUCCGUGGGGUCAAGAGAAAGAAGCAAGCCCCGAAUCCACAGUUGAACAAAAAGCUUAGGAUCGUUGUGGGACGUGCUAGAAAAAUAAGGCGUGUGAGGAAUAUGAGGCAAGUGAACCACAAGGGUUUAAUGAAAAAGAUUGCCAACUGCAAGAAGAUCCAUCUCAGUACCAAGAUCCUUGCAGUAGACUAUCCUGCGGACUUUGUAAAGUCAAUCUCUUGCCAGGUCUGUGAGCACAUCCUGUCUGACCCAGUUGAAACAACAUGCAAGCACUUAUUCUGCAGAGUCUGCAUCCUUAAAUGCCUCAAAGUCAUGGGGAGCUAUUGCCCAUCCUGUCGCUAUCCUUGCUUUCCUACUGAUCUGGAGAGCCCUGUGAAAUCAUUCCUGAGCAUCCUCAACAAUUUGGCUGUGAGAUGUCCAGUGCAAGACUGUCAUGAGGAGGUCUCUCUGGGAAAAUACUGCCACCAUCUUUCCAGGCACAAAGAGGUCAAAGACAAAGAGGGCUAUGUGUACGUCAACAAAGGUGGCCGACCAAGACAACACUUACUCUCACUGACCCGAAGAGCUCAAAAGCACCGGCUAAGAGAACUCAAGCAUCAAGUAAAAGCUUUUGCUGAGAAAGAAGAAGGGGGAGAUGUAAAGUCCGUGUGUCUGACAUUGUUUCUACUGGCUCUGAGAGCUAGAAAUGAACACAGGCAAGCUGAUGAGUUAGAAGCUAUAAUGCAAGGGAAAGGAUCAGGCCUCCAUCCCGCUGUUUGUUUAGCAAUCCGAGUCAACACCUUUCUCAGCUGUAGCCAAUACCAUAAAAUGUACAGGACUGUAAAAGCGAUAACAGGGAGACAGAUUUUCCAGCCAUUGCAUGCUCUCCGAACAUCUGAAAAGUCCCUCCUACCAGGUUACCACCCAUUUGAGUGGAAACCACCCUUGAAAAAUGUGUCCAGUAACACAGAGGUAGGCAUUAUCGACGGGCUUUCAGGGAUACAACACUUGGCUGAUGACUACCCAGUAGACACGAUUGCGAAGAGGUUUCGAUACGAUGCAGCUUUGGUUUCUGCCCUAAUGGAUAUGGAAGAAGACAUCCUAGAGGGGCUGAAAGCUCAGGACUUGGAUGACUAUUUGAAAGGCCCCUUCACUGUUGUGAUUAAAGAGUCCUGUGAUGGAAUGGGGGAUGUUAGUGAAAAGCAUGGCUGUGGCCCAGCUGUCCCCGAAAAAGCAGUUCGAUUCUCUUUCACCCUCAUGAGCAUCACUGUCGCUCAUGACAAUGGGAGCACAAAGGUUUUUGAAGAAACCAAGCCCAACUCGGAACUUUGUUGCAAACCUUUGUGCCUUAUGCUGGCUGAUGAAUCGGACCAUGAGACACUUACGGCUAUCCUCAGUCCUCUUGUAGCAGAAAGAGAGGCCAUGAAGAGCAGUGUGUUGAUACUGGAUAUGGCUGGAAUCCCCAGAAUGUUCAAAUUCGUCUUUAGGGGGACUGGAUAUGAUGAAAAGCUGGUCCGUGAAGUAGAGGGCCUGGAAGCCUCUGGCUCUACUUACAUUUGUACACUUUGCGAUGCGACACGCCUGGAAGCUUCUCAGAACUUGAUCCUUCACUCCAUAACGAGGAGUCAUGCUGAAAACUUGGAACGGUAUGAGGUAUGGAGGUCCAACCCGUACCAUGAGACUGUUGAUGAACUACGUGACAGAGUGAAGGGAGUUUCUGCCAAGCCUUUUAUCGAGACUGUUCCGUCGAUAGAUGCAUUGCACUGUGACAUUGGCAAUGCAGCUGAGUUUUACAAGAUAUUCCAGUUUGAGAUUGGUGAAGUGUACAAAAACCCUGACGCAACGAAAGAUGAGAGAAAGAGGUGGCAGUCAACUCUUGACAAACAUCUCAGAAAGAAGAUGAACCUGAAGCCUGUAACAAGGAUGAAUGGAAAUUUUGCUAGAAAGCUCAUGUCCAAGGAGACUGUGGAAGCAGUUUGUGAACUGGUCAAGUGUGAGGAGAGGCAUGAAGCCCUCAGAGAACUCAUGGACCUUUAUCUUAAGAUGAAACCAGUCUGGCGGACUUCAUGUCCCACCAAGGAAUGCCCAGAACUGGUAUGCCAGUACAGUUUCAACUCUCAACGUUUUGCAGAGUUGCUGUCCACAAAGUUCAGGUACAGAUAUGAUGGCAAGAUUACCAAUUACUUUCACAAAACACUUGCCCAUGUUCCAGAAAUUAUAGAAAGAGACGGCUCCAUUGGUGCUUGGGCAAGUGAGGGCAAUGAGUCUGGGAACAAACUGUUUAGGCGUUUUCGAAAAAUGAAUGCCAGGCAAUCAAAAUGUUAUGAAAUGGAAGAUGUCUUAAAGCACCAUUGGCUGUAUACUUCAAAGCAUUUGCAGAAGUUCAUGAAUGCUCAUAAUGCGUUGAAAAGCCAGGGGUUCACAAUCAAUCCAGAGCAGAGUGAGGGAGAUUUUUUGACUCUGGAAGACACGUUGGAAAUUACUGAUUCCAUGGAAUUCUAA